AUGGCGUCAUCUGCGGAUGAUUUGCCUUAUGGCGCUGAGUAUGCUAAAAGUAGUCGUGCUGCUUGCAAAGGAUGUCAUGGUUUAAUUUCACAGGAUUCACUUCGCAUGUCUCUCCGGAAACCGAGUCAUUUUUUUGAUGGGCUGCAGGACAAUUGGUUCCAUUUCACUUGUUUCUGGAAAAAAGUAAAGCAAAAUGACAUAAACGAAGCCUCUAUUCGUGGUAUAGAGCUUCUAAAAUGGAGUGAUCAAGAAAAAAUUCGUAAAAAAUUGAAUGAAAUUCAAGCUGAAGUAUCUUGUACAGAAGAGCACUCUGUUGCGCUUAUCUCUGAAUAUGCUGUAACUGGUCGUAGUAAAUGCGUGAAUUGCAAGAAAAUUAUCGAAAAGAAUACUCUUAGACUUGGAAUGAAAUCGGCAUGGUACCAUGUAAACUGUUUCGAGAAAAUGCAACAAUAUACCGACUGUGCUGAAAAAAUUGUUGGGUUCCAAGAUUUGUCAGAAUCUGACCAAGAUUUCUUGAAAAUAAAGUUUAACAAGCAAGCAGAGAGCAGUAUAAAGAGAAAACCGACGAAAGUCGACGACAACAUAGCCAAAAAAGCAAAAGUGGAUCUGUUUGAUAGAGAGGAAAAGAUGAAACGUCUUGAGGCACAAGCGAACGAAAUGUGGUCAAUGAGGGAAAAAUUAUCGAAAUGUCUGAACAAAAGUGAUAUUCGAAUUUUGCUGCAGGCCAAUAAUCAGGCACUUCUUAAACAAAGUGGAGAGUCGAGGCUGCUGGACCACCUUGUUGAUUGUAUGGUUUUUGGCUGUCCGCUCCCUUGUGAGCAAUGCAAAGAAGGUCACAUUGUUUACAGCUCAUCAGAACGAAGUUAUGUUUGUACUGGUUAUAUUUCCGAAUAUACACGAUGUAUGUAUACUUGUCGCAACCCACCUCGGAAACCAUUCGUCGUUCCUGAUGACAUGAAAGCAAGCAUUUCUGAAUUUAAGAAUUUCGAAGUCAAGGAUCCGAAAGAGAGGGCAUAUAGUGUUUUAGAAUGUGAGAAACUAAUUAAACCAGGGUCGCUAAAAGUCAUGGAUAAAAAUGUUGAUCAAACGGGUAGCAAAUCUAAGAAGCGCAGAAGCAUUCACUCCAAAGGUACUUGUUCGAGAAUGCAACAACAGAUUAUUAAAAACGGGACAGUGGUUGAUGCCGAAUGCCCUCUUCAGGAAGUUGUACAUGUGUGGAAAGAUGAAAAUGGAAAACUUUGGGAAACAACGCUGGGAACGGCAGAUUUUCAAACCGGAGCGAAUUCAUUCUAUAAAUUGCAGCUAUUAAAGCAUGAUUGUAAGCAAAACUAUUAUUUGUUCCGUUCAUGGGGACGUGUCGGCACGAGUAUUGGUGGCGCAAAAACCGAUAAAUAUCGUGGAGAUUUGGAAAGAGCAAAAAUGACUUUUGAAAAAUUGUUUAAUGAGCGGACAGCAAAUAAUUGGAAUGAUAUCGAAAAUUUCAAAAAAGUUCCGGGGAAGAUGUCGCUCAUCGAGACUCAUUAUGAAAGCUCAAAAGAACUGCAAAAAUUUGUUGUGAAACCUGGAUCUCUAUCGAAGCUUCCAAGACCGAUACAGCAAAUUAUUAAAAUGAUUUUUGACGUUGAUGCAAUGAACGAUGUUCUCGAAAGCCUUGAGAUCGAUACAGAUAAAAUGCCUCUCGGGAUAUUAUCAACUCGUCAUAUAAAAAAUGCAUAUGAGGUUUUAACGGAGCUGCAAAAAUUGAUGGAAGUUGGUAAUGCCAAAUAUAAAGAUUACUUGGAUGCAACAAAUCGAUUUUUUACACUUAUUCCCCAUAACUUUGGUAUGAACAAACCGCCGCUUCUCAACUCACAGAAACUCUUAAUUGAUAAGACGAAACUGCUCGAUGAUCUUAUGGAGCUUGAAGUUACAUAUAGCAUUUUGAGGACUGACAAUGAAAUAGAUCGAAUGCGAGAUCCAGUGGAUGUACAUUAUGAAAAGUUACAUUCUCAGUUAGAGGUACUAGAUAAGCAGUCGGACGAGUAUAAACGCAUAUUGCAGUAUGCUACGAAUACGCAUGCACCCACACACGAUCAGUAUAAACUUGAAGUUGUUGAUAUUAUCCGGGUAAAGCGUGAAGGCGAAAGUGAAAGAUUCAAAAAAAACAUUCCAAAUCAUUAUUUACUUUGGCACGGUUCGCGGAUAACGAAUUAUGCAGGUAUUUUAUCACAGGGAUUACGAAUUGCACCGCCAGAAGCGCCCAUGACUGGUUAUAUGUUUGGGAAAGGGAUAUACUUCGCAGAUUUGGUAUCAAAAUCAGCAAAUUAUUGUCAUACAGUUAACACAGAAGGGUUUAUUUUGCUAUGUGAAGUGGCACUUGGUGAAAUGCAAGAGGAAGUCAAUGCAAAGUCAAUCGCAAAACCUAAUAAAGGGAAACAUAGCGUUAAAGGCUUAGGACAAAUGAUUCCUGACCCAAAUGAGUACUUUGUGACAGAAGACGGCGUUACAAUUCCUAUGGGAAAACCUGUAGAUACGAAAAGACAGGAUCUCACGCUUUUGUACAAUGAGUAUAUUGUUUACGAUGUUGCUCAAGUUGAGAUCAAAUAUUUGGUCCGAGCUAAGUUCAUAUCACAUUUCUUCUGA